GGGCAGCCAACUGUGCAGCUGUCAGGAACCAUGACUGAAGAUGACCGAUUCGGUAGUCGUGGAGGGAUACGCCAGACUCAAAGAAGGAAAAAAGUGGAAAACUAGGUGGAUUGUUCUUCGCAAGCCGUCGCCCGUAGCAGAUUGCCUCGUGUUGCUGGUUUUUAAAGACAAGUCAGACAAAGUCGACGGGAACAAGGAGCGGGCCAGUGUCACUCUGGAGGAGAUCUGCGGCCUGGAAAGCGGACGGUGGUGCGAGGGUGCGUCGUUCACGCUGGCCAUUCUGUGCCUGACCCAGGCGGCUCUGCUGGGUUUCGACAGCAAGGAGACGCUACAGGCGUGGGAAGUCCGUCUGCGCUACAGCCUUGGAGAAGUUCACAGGUUCAGUGUCGGAGUCUUGGCGGGAACAAAGUUAGAGAGCGGCCCGGCAACCCUCCACGUGUGCAACAACUUGCUAGCUCUCGUCAGAGACGCAUCCCCCGUUGUCGUGGGCCACUGGAACCUUCCGGAUCUGCGCCGAUAUGGGCCCGUACCAAAUGGAUUUGUAUUUGAGGGAGGAACGCGCUGUGGCUACUGGGCUGGCGUUUUCCUGCUCACGUCUUCUGAGAGCGAGCAGAUAAGCUUCUUGUUCGACUGCAUCGUCCGAGGUGUCUCCCCGACCAGGGUUCCUUUCGGCCUACAGCCCAUCUUGCCAGAUCCAAACACCAGUCAGAUCAACUCUGAGGAGAGGCUGAAUCAUGAGACACAGGAACUUGAGAAGCGACUGAGUAUGCUCUCCAAUCGGAACAGCACAGCAUCGUCCAUGUACUGUGCAUCCCCUGGAGGCGACGACCGCAGUAUAUCCGGCUCUUCGGACACGUCAGACACCAGCCAAUCGGACGGCAGCGUUUCCAGUUGUUUGGCCAUUUGGACCGAAUCCAGUAGUAACCUCUCAGACAACAAUGUUGUCGGCAAAACAGGAGCGGGCGUGGAAAAGCAAUUCGCCAAUCACGGCGGAAAUGCUUCAGGAGUCAAAGACCCCAGGCACCUAAAGGAAAUGGGUCGCCAGAGCUCCUUAGACAGCGGUAUUGCCACCGGUAGUCAUUCCUCUUACUCUGGAAGUUUCUCCUCAUACACAGGAAGUUUGGACAAUAGCGGUCGUGAGGACUUUGGGUCUGUUUUUUGUCUGCCUCCGCACUUGGCUCAAGAUCUCAGCCCUUGUUCUUGCCCCAAUGUUUCAGGACAUGAUUACAAAGUACCAACCUCACUCAGGUAUCUAUACGACACUCCCAGGAGUCUGGCACAGGAGUGCCCAAGGUCAGCUAAGGACUCUCCUGAUCCUGUACCAGAGUAUUUAAAGGGGGACUCUGAGGGCCACCUCAAAACAGUGAGCUCACACAGCAGGAAAACAAGGGGGGCAGCCUCUAGUGGCAGCGCGGAGCCUUGCACAAUUAAAACCAUCAUGACCAUCUGCUCAGUAUGCGGUGGACUUCAGGGGAUGCCCUUCAACCCUGCAAGUGGUGUAGCGAUACCUGCAUUACCAGCAGAUCAAAGUAUUGACAGAUUACCAUGCAGAAGCAAUGCCGGCAUUGCUGUCCCAGUUCGCAGUUUAGACAGGACAAGUGAGGGUUUACCACUUCCCAAAAGAGGACGGGUGACACUUGCAAGCGUUUUAGCUGAGAUCCUGCAUUAUCCAAGAGUGCCCAAGGAAUCAAAAAUCAACCGCCAUGACUUGUACGAAGCAAUGAGUCCUGCGUCACACCUCAAACCCCCACCGCCAUUUGGCUCCCGUGCACCGGCGACUGAUGUCAUUUACGAAAACUGUUCCAAAUGCUCUGGCGCGCGCUGCCGCCCUCCACCGCGGGGCACCCCUGCCAAAGUGCGCCACCAUAGCAGAAUCUUCAAUGUCAAGUCCUUUCUAACCGGGCUACACUUAAAGAAAAGCGCAGAAGAAAAGAGUUCUGCUCAUGAGGCGAUUCAGGCCGAUGGUCCAAAUGCAGAGAUGAAUGGUCAGAGAUUGACCAGUGAAGACAAAAGGCCCAGUGGCAGAGGGGAGAAGCACAGAGCUGAUCCUGCUUAUGAGAUCAUGGAGAGCAGAGCAGAGAGAACCUCAGAGGCGGAAGAAAAAAGUAAGUGCCAAGUGAUGCUCAGCUGCGGUCCACAAAAGUUGCUCCAAGAGACGGAAGGCACAGCGUUGGCGUACCACCCAGAGGCUUUGCUCGCCGAAAGGUCUCGAGGCGACAGCGUGACGUACGUCAAUAUUCCAGUGAGUCCCACAUCUAAGAAGCAGCUCAACUACAUGGAGUUGGAACUGCAGGAACCAGGCACCCGGGGGACUGUGGUACCUGCGACUGCACAGAGUAAGGGGAAGGGAUCAACUAAAUACGCCCAGAUUGACAUCACUGCUACAGAGACAGCUCACAAGGUGAGUACCCAGCAUGCUCUAGGUCGCCAGGAGGGCCUGCACUCUCUGGAGAGGAGAAGGAAGGGAACGCCGCAUUGACCUCAAGGACCAGCCUAUGGCAGCAAAAUGCCUCCAUUUACAAGUACUGUUGAUUUCUGUAUGUGUAGUUGUAUUUGUACUACUGCUGUGUGUCCACCCUAAUAAUUUUUACUAAAAACAAUUACCUUAUUGUUUUUUUUUUUUUUAUGUCUGUAAAUAAAUUAUAUUCUUGAGCUUGAUGUGGAUUGCUAAAUGGAAUACCCCCAAACAUGUACAAUUUAUGUAUGCGUACAUGGCUGCAGGGAUUGUAAAACAAUGAUUACUUUGAUAAUUUUCAAUGACACCACUACCUUUAUUCUUUUUUCCUUUGCCAUACAUUACCUGGAUACAAAUUUCUGUUCGCAAAACAUUAAAAUAAUUGAAGAAAAACUGAAAAUUGGUUCGUUUGGAUGUGUUUUUGUACCGAUGAUGUCAUUCACAAUACAAUUUUGUCUCCAUUUACGACACAUCAGCGGUUGGUUUGCAUGUCAGAAACGCUAAGUUGUCAUUUCUCAAAGCCUACAGGCUUUCAGUCGCGUUUUCCAAACCCAAUCGAGUCCAUCCACCCACUGGUGACUAGGCUUGUGUCGGUCAUAAAGUGAGAAUGAAAUCUGUAAUAUCACAAGAAAAACAAUUUGAAUGUUGUGAGAAUAAACAGCUUGUUGCAGAA